ACUAGAUCACGUAGACAGAAGCAUUAAUUGCUCGAAUCAAAAAGCAACCAAAUCAGAUUAACGAACAUACAGGCUCAACAAGUUCAAAAGGAAAUUCUUGAGAUAGAGAGAACACUGUUACCUGCAUGUAGAUCAGGAGUGAUCAAUAGAAAAGAAAAUGAAGAGACGUAUUGAAGAUAAAGAGAGGCAAGGAAGAUUGCUGGAAGUUAACAACUUUGAUAGAGAGGUCAUAAGGCCUCCUAAGAAACCUCCAUUGAUAUUGAGGAUGAUGGUAAUUCUCCUUUUUGGCAUGGCUUGUGGAGUCUACAUUUGCUCAAUCUAUUCAAUCCAAAUAAGCACCUAUAAAAUAGCCGAAUUGCUAAACAUUAAAGUGAUGGACCAGCAGUGUAAUGCUACAAAUGUUAAACCAUCUGAGAUUCCCUAUGUGCAUUAUCCCAAACCCAAAACAUAUGACAGGGGGGAAUGUGCAUGCAAUCCGGUCCGGUUCUUUGCCAUUUUGUCAUUGCAAAGAACCGGGAGUGGCUGGUUUGAGACAUUAUUAAAUAGUCAUAUUAAUGUAACCUCCAAUGGAGAAGUUUUUACACCUAGAGAGAGAAGGAAUAAUAUCACUACUAUUGUGAAGACAAUGAAUAAAGUUUAUAGACUUGACUGGUUCAAUAGUGCUUCCAAGAAUGAGUGCACAGCUGCGGUUGGGUUCAAAUGGAUGAUUAAUCAGGGUUUUUACCGGCAUCGCAGACAAAUACUGAAGUACUUUAAGAAGAGAGGAAUUUCAUCAAUAUUCCUUUUUAGAAAGAAUAUACUGCGCAGGAUGAUCUCUGUGCUUGCAAACUCCCAUGACAAAGAUGCUAGGUCACUCAAUGGAACCCACCAAUCUCAUGUUUAUUCGCGAAUGGAGGCUCGUAUACUAGCAAAAUACAAGCCAACAAUCAAUGCAACAUUACUUUUAUCCGAGCUACGACAAGAAGCAGAGGAAACUGCCGAGACUAUAGAUUUCUUUAAGAGAACCCGCCACAUGGUUCUCUACUACGAGGAUCUUAUCAACCGCACGAACCUUAACUUUAAGGAGGUCCAAGAAUUUCUAAGGUUGCCAUACAGAGAGCUUUCGAGCAGUCAAGUUAAGAUACACACAGCCCCCUUGUCGAUGCAAAUUCAAAACUGGGAAGCUGUCCGAGAAGCAUUGGAAGGGACAGCAUAUGAGAGAUUCCUCUAUGAAAACUAACGUAGGUAGUCUUCCAAACAGCACUAGAUAUUUUGUAGAU